AUGACCGAGAUCCUCAACAUCGGGGGCGAGCCGAUCUUCGACGAUCGCAUCUUCAAGAUCGAGACUCACACGUACAAUCCGUUUGCCAAUACGAUGUUCGGACACAGCGACGAGAUAAGAAUACCCAUACAGCAACAGGAUCUGUACACGCUACCACAUGAAAGUUUUCUGUACAUCGAGGGCAAAUUCACGGUGCAGAACAGACCUGACGGCACGAUUUCAAGGCUGGGAAAUAACUGCGUGGCGUUCAUGUUCGACGAGAUUUGCUACGAACUUGACGGCGUGGAGAUUGAUCGCAACAGAAACGUUGGCAUAACUAGCACGCUCAAAAACUAUACGACAUUAUCACUCGAUAGAGCUCUAAUCCUGACCAAUGCCGGGUGGGAUAUUGCGUAUCAACGUGUAGUGGAGGGAGAUUUCAUCUUUUGCAUGCCUCUCAACAUGCUGCUAAGCUUUUGUGAAGAUUAUAAACGCGUGGUGAUCAACGCUCGUCACGAGUUGAUUCUGAUACGAUCGCGCAACGACAACAAUUGUGUCCAGGUGGAUGGGGCAGCGCAGCCACGGAUCGACAUAUUCAAGAUACAAUGGCGAAUGCCGCACGUGCUGUUGGAUGAAGUCACUAAGCUAUCGAUGCUGCGCACCUUGGAGAGUGGACGAUACCUCAGCAUGGGGUUCCGAUCGUGGGACCUGUACGAGUAUCCACUGCUUCAGAGCACGACCAAGCACUCGUGGGCCAUUAAGACCGCGCCGCAACUUGAGAAGCCGCGAUACGUGAUCUUCGCGUUGCAGACUGGAUGA